UGAGGCGCCGCUCCGCCCCGCAGCACGCCGGGAAGCGCGGCGACAAGGUCAGUGCGGGCCGGUGGCCAACGGCCCCUUUACCAUUACAACUACCAGCCGCCGGCGGAGGGGCACCGCAGAUGGAGUACGACUGGGUCGGCUUCGGGUAUGCGGCGCUUUUGGCCUACGGGGGCAUCAUGGGCUACGUCAAGGCAGGCAGCGUCCCGUCCCUUUCUGCCGGCCUUUUCUUUGGUGGCCUGGCAGGACUGGGUGCGUACCAGCAGUCCAAAGACCCGAAAAACAUAUGGCUUUCCCUUGUGGCAUCUGGAACCUUGUCUGCUAUCAUGGGGAUGAGAUAUUACAACACCAGGAAACCAAUGACUGGGAUCGUUGCUGGUGCCAGUUUACUGAUGGUUGGACGACUUGGCUUGAUGAUGAUGGAAAAGCCACUCGGGCCAUAAGUGAACAUCACACCACCUGAAGAUACGUGACUAAGAAGCCUGCAACUGCCGCUGCCUGAACGCACUAUAUAAAAAACAUAACAGACACUGCUGUCUAUGCACUGUUUUUCAUAUUCUUAUGCAUAUCUCUUUAAAUGAGAGAAAUUGAGAGCCCUUGUUAUGUCUUCCAAAGUGGUAUUUGUCUCAACAGCUGCACUAUGAAGCAGGAAAAUGAGUGUAGGAUUAGUUCAGCUUCUGGUCCUGCUUUUUCCUGUAUGUAAAAGCCUCUUGUCCCUUGCGGGCAGACAGUUGCAGGAAUGAAGCUUACAUAUACAUCUGGACUUGUCCUUCUAAAACUCAUUAGACUGCUGAAACAAUGGGACUCAGGUUGGACUAGAUGAUCUUGGAGGUCUUUUCCAACAUAGAUGAUUCUAAAUUGCCAACUUAUCAUUAGUAUUUCCUAUAACAUAUGAGCUUUUUGUCACCUUCCCCUCCCACUUCCCUGCUACCAUAUCUGGUCAUCAUGUUGUCAGUCAGGGACUUUGUUUUUCUAGCACUGUGUUAGAACCUUGGCCUAAAAACAAUCAUGGAGCAGGGGGUUGAUUUUCUACUGUAAUGCCACGAAAGUAAACCUGUUACUUGAGAUUAUUUAUAACCAAAAGUGCCCAACUGAAUGUAAUCAAUUUGACUUCUAGAGACUAUUUUUUGUAAGAAAAAUAAAAAAUACGCUUCAUUAGGUAAGGCUGAAUUGCAGUCGUAGCACUUGCAUUUAACGAGAAUUAAAAUGUUACUUUAAAUAAACCAGCCAAUGUAUUAUUAUGACAAACUUGCCUUCUAUACAACUAGUUUUAUUAAAUCAUUCAUCUGGACUGA